GUCAUUAAUGGAGACAUAUAUAGAUAACAGUAAAAUUUUAUUAAGUGUUUCGGAAUAAAAAUGAUCGGAUUGUUACAAAAGUAUCACUGUGGAAGCAAAAUAGUUUUGUGCAUAUUGCUUUUAGGUGUGCAAAAAUCUGCAGCAGAAUGUCCAAAUGGAUGGACAAGAUUUAAUGAUUCCUGUUAUUCCUUUGGACACCAUGAUGUUACUUUCUUGGAAGCAACACGGUUCUGUUCACAUUACAACGCAUACCUUGUAAUCAUUGAAAGUGAUGCGGAAAACAAAUUUAUCGCAAGUGUUCUUGAAGAAUUAAACAGCAAUCGUCAUUGGAUAGGGCUAACUGACGAAAUAGUUGAAGGCACUUGGAAAUGGUAUAGCACUGAUAAAGUUGCCAACUACACUGACUGGUACCCGGGACAACCUGACCUUGGGGGCAGAGCAAAUUGUGCAGAUAUUCUAAGUAGUGCACCAUAUGCUUACCACUGGCUGGAUGAUGAUUGUACUAGUAAAUUCCGUCCGAUAUGUGAGAGAGGAUUAGACACGGAAACGUCAAUCGUCGGAAAGUGAUCUAUUUUAAGCUGUUCGCUUGGCUCAAAGAGCUUAAUAGUAUAAGAAAUAAAAUUGCCUCAGUUUGUUA